UGAACACGGAAGUUGCUCUGGGGACACGUUUCUCUGGGAUUGUGUUGUUGUUUUUUUAGAGCAAAGCCUUGGAUUUCGCUUUGAAACAUCAAAUGCUCAGGUGAAUAUACAGCUUUAUGGGUUGGACAGGUCAGACAUGGACCUCUACCCUCCCUAUUCUUUGAACACCAAGUUAUCUUCUUGACAUUACCAUGGCCAAGGGCCUCAUGGUCACUUACGCCCUCUGGGCUAUGGGUGGACCUGUAGGCUUACACCAUUUAUACUUAGGAAGAGACAGCCACGCUCUGUUGUGGAUGAUCACUUUUGGGGGGUUCGGAGUUGGCUGGGCAAGAGACUUUUUCCGCAUCCCAGCAUACGUGAGCGAAGCCAACAACAACAACCUGGCAGAGACAGAAGGAGGGCAGCACAGCAGGAGAAGAACUCAUAAUGCCGUCCCCCCUUCCCCCAGUCCCGCACGCUUCGCAGGGCAGGUCUGCGUGGGUAUUUACUUCGGGACCGUAGCCUUGAUCGGCCUGAACUCUCUCAACUUCUUCUAUCUGCUGGUGCUGCCCCUGUCAGUGGGCGCCGGGGUCCACCUGGUGUCCAGCGUGGGGUCGCAGACCUCGGACCUGCAGAAGACGCUCACCACCUGCCUCAUCACCUCCCCCAUCUUCUACGGCAGCAACGUGUCCCCGCUGCCCAUCAGCCUGGCAGCUGCCAUCACAGCCAAUCAGCACCGCAGGUUCAAGAUGGCCGAGCCCCCAGGGCCACUGUGUCUCCGUCUCUAUCGCCUCAGCUUGGCCUUGCUGGCGUUCUCGGCUCCCAUGGGCUAUUGCAUUUUCCACAACACCACCGCCACCCUCUACUACAUCUCAGACUGCGUGGCCUCCGUACUGGAGAUGUUCUGGUUUCUCCCGUGGCUCAGGGGGGUGUUUGAGUACCUCCUGCUGUUGCCGUACAGACUGUUUAGCGUGGUGACGGGGGGAAUAGGGUACAGCGAGGAGGCCUGGAGGAAAGUGAUGGAGAUUCUGCUGAAUGAAUACACCGAAAAAGAAAGACUGGCGCUGAAGGUGUUGUCUUUGAGUGAGGAGGCAACUCCAGAGGACAUCACUCUUCGAUACAGAGAGCUGGUAAAAAUAUGGCAUCCAGACCACAACCCUCACCAGCCAGUGGAGGCCCAGCAGAUGUUUAUAAAGAUCCAGGAUGCCUAUGAAAUUCUUCACCGCAGAAGGAGGCCACGGCAUAAAAGAUGAUGAUGACCUCCCUGAAAUAAAGAGACAGAAUGUUCCAGUUACACAUCAAUGUCAGUCAAGAUCAAUAAAAUUGAACAGAGAACUUUCAA